AUGUCUGAGGUACAGACUCGGCCUGCCGCCGCGCGCGGCAGAGGUUCUGGUCGCGGUGGAAGAGGUGGAUUUGCCAGCCGGGGUGGUCGCACUCAGGGCAGAACCAAUGGCGAUAAGUUCGACCACAAGGACGCCGAAGAUGCGACUUCAUUCGAGGACCAGGGCGAGCUCGGCGAGCUGAAGAAGCAGUACGGCAGCAAGGUUUCUCUCAUCAGGGAGCUCUUCCCCGACUGGUCUGAGCAGGACAUCCUCUACGCUCUCUCAGAGACGGAUGGCGACGAGAACCUCGCCGUCACCCGCAUCGCUGAAGGCACCAUCUCGCAAUGGGGCGAGGUCACGAAGAAGGCCCCCCGCUCCAAGGCCAAGGAGCCCACGACUGCCAACCCGAUCAUCGAUUCAUCCAACGCUAGACCCACCCGCGGCGGACGCAACGCCUCGGAUGCCGGUCGCGGUCGCGGCAGAAACACUGAAAGAGGAGGCGCUCGCGGUGGACGGGGCAGGUCCUCAAACACAGCAGCUACCAAUGGCACCCGUCACACCAAGGAGAACGUCCAGCCGCUUUCAGUGCCUACCGAGGAGUCCAACGCAUGGAGCACCCCAUCCGAGAUCAAGGACGUGCCCGCCGAGGACCCCUGGGCCCCCAAGGAGACCAUCGAGAAGCCCGCUGCUGCUCCCGCUCCUGCUCCUGCUGCGGCUCCCGCUGCUGCACCUAACGCGCCGAAGCCCGCCGCCGCUCCUAUUCCCAAGACGUGGGCCAGCAUGCUCCGUCAGUCGACCGUUCCCAAGCCCGCCCCGAAGCCGCCCAAGGAGGAGCCCGCGCCCAAGCCUGCCGAACCCAUCGAGCCUCUGCCUCCUGCCGUGCCCGCCGAUGAGCCCACACCCGAGCCCGCCCCCGAGCCCGAGCAGCAGCAGCCGGAGCCCGCUGUUGAACUCCCCGCCGAACCAGCUCAUGAAGAACCAGCUCCCGCAGAAGUACCAGCCGUCAUUGAACCCGAAGUGGUUUUGCCGCCUUCCAUGGACCAGCUCACUGAGACAAAUCUCGAACAGGUAGUCGACGAAUCGCAUCCUCCCGCGACUGCUACCGUCGCCAGCACCACCGCCGAUUCCUGGGACCCUCGUCUUAACGCUGCCAGCGCUACCGCGACUCCUCUGUCUGCUUCGCAACAGCAGCACCUUCCCAUCCGUCCCGCUGUCCCCAACGUUAACAGCGGCUUCGCCGCCUCCGCCAUCAAGGCCACGACCGAGAGAGGCUCUCGUACCCCGAGCUACCAGCGUCGCGUCCUGGACCAGGAGGAGGCUGUCCGCAUGCCUGGCAACCGCGAAGUUGACCGUGCUGCCGUUCAGUUCGGCGCCUUCAGCUUGAACGACGAGGACGACAUCGAUGGCGACCGCGAAGAGCCUGAGACCAGAACUCAGCCCCCCGCCGACUCCCCCGUUGCACACCCCCGGACCUCUCUCCCUCCCGCUCCUCAACAAGCUCCCGUCCCCGAGGCAAUUGGUACUCAGAAGCCCGCUCCCGGCCUGCCCCCCGCGGCUGCCGCCACCCCCACCGGUACUGAUAUUUUGAACGCCUACGCCCCCCUCUCUGUUGCUAACGCUUCCGCAGGCCCCGCCAGCGCCGUGCCUCAACAUCCCGCUUCCAACCAGACUCCUCAGCCUGCUGCUCAGCCGCAGCCCUACUCGCGCUUCGGUCAGCCCGGCUCCCAGGAGCCCUCUGGCUUCCCCCAACAGAAACCGAUCGACCCCUUCACCCAGCAGAACCCGUCUGCCACGCAGAACCAGUUCGACAGCUUCCCCUCCCAAUCGCAGCAGCAAAACCAGCAGCCCGGCGGAGCCUUCAGCUCUGCGCCUAGCGAGUACUCCUCUUACUACACCGCCGACCAACAAAACCGACCCCCUUACAAUUACUACAACCAGCCUUACGGCCAGCAGGGCGCUCAGGCUCACCAGGACAACCUCUCCUCCCAGCAGCAGAGAACCUUCGGUGGCUACAACGCAUCGCAGCAGGCUGACAACCUCAGCCAAUACCCCCAGAGCGGCAUCCAGAACCAGUCUCGCUACGGAGGCGUCACGAACGAUGCCCAGAACAGCGGCCACAGCACCCCGAACCCUACCGCUCAGAGCCAGCAGCAGGCCAGCCAGGGCACUCAGCCUCAGUCUCACGCCCAGCAGAGCUACCCUUACAACAGCCACCCCUACUACAACAACGCUUACUACUCCAACUACGCGGGCUUCGGCCACUACGGUCAGGGAGGAUACGGCGGCGGCCCCUACGGCAAGGGUGUCUACGGCAACCCGUACGGCAUGUCGCCCCAGGGUCCUUAUGACCACGCUUCUUCUCCUGCUGCUGGAUUCGGCCAGUCAUCUCUCCACCGUGCCGACAGCGGUAUUGGCUCCGGUCUGGGUGGCGAUUUCGGUGCUCGCGCCGGUUCUGCGCAGUCCAGCAACCAGCCUGGUCUUGCCGGCGCUAGCGGCUUCGGCGGCAUGCAGGACACCUUCGGCCGCGGCUCUUCCUCGUUCCAGUCUCCGGCUGGACAAGGUUUCAACAGCACGGCCCAGCCUAACAACGGUGCCUCUGCUGCUGACGAUCUGAAGCCCUUCGGCGACGGCAAGCCUGGCUCCGGUCCUUCGCCUUCCCUCGGCGGUGCCCGCCCUGGUUCCGCCACGAACAACACCCCCGGCCAGUCCGGACUGCCCCCUCCUCAGUCCAGCUCCCAGAUGGGUGGCUACGGAGGCUACCCCAGCCAUCUCCAGGGACACGGUCUCCACGGAAGCAGCGGCUACGGCAUGGGCGGUGCCACCAGCGGCCAGCACGGCGGUGCUCCGUUUGGAUCGUACGGCCAAGGUGGAUACGGCAGCGGCUACUACGGUAGCGGCAACCAGCAGCAGCAGCGCGGCGGCUGGGGCGGAAACUACCACUAG